AUGGAAUUUCCGGUCAAAAAGGACCCUGGAACUUGGCAGGAGGCAGGAAGCAAUGGGCGAGAUGCUGUGGCUGAUGCUUCUGACCCUCUCCUGCCUGGGGGGCUCCGUGCCCGCCAAGAUCCCAGCAUCCGUCCCCGAGAGGGAGUUGGUGGGUAUGGUGGGGGCCACAGUGCCCCUCAGGGGAAGUGGCCAUGGCAGGUCAGUCUCAGAAUCUACGAUUACUACUGGGCCUCCUGGAAGCACCUCUGCGAGGGCUCCCUCAUCCACCUCCAGUGGGUGCUGAGCGCUGCCCACUGCAUUUUCCGGAAAGACGCCGACCCGUCAGUCUCCCGGACCCACACCAGGGACGUGUAUUUCUAUGGGGGCAGGACGCUGCUGAACGUGAGCCACAUCAUCAUCCACCCCAAAGCCACUGCACCCACCCACUGCCUGCAGCAGGUGCAGAUCCUGCUGGAAGAGGAGAAAGCCUGUGAGGAAGGUUACGGGAAGUACCUUCACGCAAGAGCCAACGGGAAGGUCAUCCUGGAGGACAUGCUAUGUGCUGGCACUCUGGGCCGUAGCCCCUGCUAUGGUGAUUCUGGGGUCCCGCUGGUCUGCAAGAAGAAAGGCACCUGGGUUCAGGUGGGCGGGGUCAGCUGGGGCAUCAGCUGCUCCAGGAUUGAGCUGCCCGCCAUCUUCACAAGCGUCCAGAGCCAUGUGACCCGGAUCCAGCGGCAGAUCCGGAGGCGCCAUGGAGGGCUGACCAAGCCGCCUGCCUACUUCCUGUGGCCAAGAGAUAAAGGGGCACAGGAGGCCCCCAGCGCAGAGGCCCAUGGAGUCCAGGCAAGAUGCUCCAGGUGUUGCUUUCGGCCCUCUUCCUCCUGGGGAGCUCCACUGCUGGGACCCCAGCGUCCAGCUCCUGAUCAGGAGCUGGUGGGCAUCAUCGGUGGCCACAAUGCCCCCCAGGGGAAGUCAUGGCAGGUCAGCCUGAGAAUCUACGCUUACCACUGGGCCUCCUGGGUGCACAUCUGCAGGGGCUCCCUCAUCCACCCCCGGUGGGUACUGACCGCCGCCCACUGCAUUUUCCGGAAGGACACCGACCCCUCAGCCUACAGCAUCCAUGCCGGGGACGUGUAUCUCUAUGGGGGCAGGAGGCUGCUGAAUGUGAGCCGUGUCAUCAUCCACCCCAACUGCAACUACGCCAAUCUGGGCGCGGACAUCGCCCUGCUCCAGCUGUCAGACUGUGAGGGCACUGCGAACGUCAAGCAGGUCAGGCUCUCGUCAGCCCAGCUUGAGGUCACCCCAGAGGACCGGUGCUGGGUGACUGGCUGGGGCGCCAUAAGGAUGCAUCGUGUCACCCCCCCUUAACGCCUGCAGCAGGUGAGGGUGCAGGUGGUGGAGAAUGCCGUCUGUGACCAGCUGUACCACGCCUCUGGACAGGGCCAGCAGGGGAAGAUCAUCCAGGACGACAUGCUGUGCACGGGGACUGAGGGCCCGGACUCCUGCUACGGCGACUCUGGAGGCCCUCUGGUCUGCAAGGCGAAGAGCACUUGGUACUUGGUAGGAGUGGUCAGCUGGGGCUACGGCUGUGCCCUGCGCAACAUUCCCGGGGUCUACGCGCGCAUCCAGACCUAUGUGCCCUGGAUCACGCGGCAGAUCUGGAGGUGCCCCUGA